AUGUUGAAGCAGAACCAAAUUGUAUCGGAUUUGCGUAUAUUCGGGCAAAAUGCUGAAGCACUAGCGUUUGAUUUGAACUUCAUGGAUACAAAAUGUAGGGUACAAGCCUAUGAAUACGAUGAUUGCAAUAUUAAGAGGGCCAUAAGAGGUGCAGAUGUUAUUGUAAUGCUUGGGGAAGCUCUGAAUAACCCCUAUAUGAGUAUAAAUGAAUUCGUGAAGGCUGAGGGGGAAAGAGUUGUGGAGUAUGCUAGAGCCUGCACCAAAUACGCCCCCAAAUCCAUCUUGGUGGUCGCCUGUAAGGCCUGUAUCCGUCUGCAUGCCUAUAGUUUGAGGAGGUUUUUCAAGAAAACAGCUUGGUAUAAUCCCGCUAGAAUCAUUGGAUCAGCAGAUAAAAUCAAACAUUUUGGUGUCGAAGAACACCCACAUGGACCCCCAACUGGUCAACGUGCCCCUUUUGGGGGGCCCCGACCGUCGAAACAUCGGUUCCUUUGUUUUCCAGGGCCACCCCUGCCGGUAUACCCGCUGAAUCAGACGCCGCAGCUGAUGGCCAAGUUUCGCGGGAUCAAGUUGGCGGAGUUCCCGAAAAAAUUGAAAAAAAGACGAUUACUUCGAAAUUUCUGCCGUAGGGGGAGGCCAUGGGGGUUGCACAGGCUGGUGACGAGGGUCGCUAUGGGACUUUGCGGAGAUUCGAAAGCUUGCGGAUGCGGAUUUGUGAGGACGAAUCUCGUACCAACGUGCAAGCAUUUGGUGACGACGCUACAAUUUGGAUUGGGGGGCGUAAUCCACAACUUCGGUAUACCGGAACUGAACAGGACCGAAAUGAGGAUGCUGACCAAAGCAAUGCUGGACAUAAAAAAUCGCGAAAAUAUGGCGAAGGAUUACGUCAAAUUCAUCGACAGUGGGGAAGAGUGCGACGAACCGCUGUUCAGCAAGAAUCAGGCCUUGAUAGAGGCCGCGAUAAAUAAAAAAAUUGUAAAACCGUUGAUUUUGGACGAAUAAAAGUUGUCAUUUU